GAGUACUGUUUAACACAUGAUAGCAAAGAUGAAAAACGUUUCUUUUAUGACCUUUAGGAACAUUUUACAAUGCAUAAAAUCUCAGUAUAGCUUCUUUAUUGUAGUGCAGGAUAACAACAGGUAUGUGUACAGGUGUAUUCCUCUUUAGCCAUCACAGGAGUGGAUCAAAUGAAUGACAGCUACACAUAGGUGAUUUCAAACUCUGGUUCUGUUAUAUAUAUUCCACAGAUUGAAUUGUAAGCAGUGUAAAAGGGAGAAGGCAGUUUUAAGAAAAACGUGAUAGAGGAUGUGAUGGGGGGCGGGGAGGGCUGCGGAGUUCAAUGGCCUAUCUGGCCUUCCCCUCUGCAUCCCUCGGCUGUUCCCAGGACUUCUAGGAAAUGUAGUCUCACCGUCUAUAUCACCAUCUGAUCUGUUGUUGUUUUUCAUGUGUCAGCAUAAACCUCAACCUAGCCAAAUCACGAGCCAACUCCUGUCACGUGAUGUGAUAUCGAAGCGUUGCGCGGGUCACGUUUAUUCCAAUCACAUCACUUUUAGAUUUGUAAUCGUACUCCAUAUCCCAUGCUGCUUUGCGUUUUGUGCGCAGACUCGGUUUAGCGCCGAUGAAGAGGUGAGACUGGAAAAUGACUGGAAGGAGGCUCACAUCUGGAGGCGAAAUUACACUUUAUCACCAAGAAAUGCGUUUUGUUUUUAUUAAAGUCGCAUUUUUAUCGUUUUUUUAACGUGGAGCCGAGGUCUCCGGACGACGUUAGGUAACACUAAAGGAGUUGAGAGUCAUUGUAACUCGGUUUUUUAUCCGCGUCGGAGAAGUGUCAGAGCCUCACAGUGAUAAGCCGUUAGUUUUGCUCAGCAGCCAGAAUGCCGCGGGACAACAAAACUCCUCUCAUCCAGAAAAUAGCAAAGGAAGCGUACAUCUCCCUUAAAGGAGUGACCCCAUCGGUCAACGGGGAGAACGACCCUGUUGCAGCCUCACAGAGUGAACUCAUCUCUCUGGUGACCGCGGUCAGGGCGGCAGAUCUAAAAAUUGCUCCCCGGAAAACCAAAGCUGGCUCCGGGGCAGCGGGGCUCCAGAGCCCCCCGGUCACCUACAUGCACAUCUGCGAGACGGAUGUGUUCAGCAUGGGGGUGUUCCUGCUCAGGACCGGUGCCUCCAUACCGCUGCACGACCACCCGGGCAUGAACGGGAUGCUGAAGGUUCUCUACGGUAAAGUGAGCGUCCGCUGUUUCGACAAGCUGGAGAACGACCUGACCGUCGGCGCCCCGCCGCCUCGUUUCGACCCUCCCGUGUCCUCGUGCCAGACGUCCUCCCUGCGGCGCUCUGUGCUGCGCUCCGUGGUCGAGUACUCAGAGACCAGCGGGCCGUGCCUCCUCACCCCCCGUAGGGACAACCUGCACCAGAUCGACGCGGUCGAAGGGCCGGCCGCUUUCCUGGACAUCCUGGGGCCGCCGUACAACCCGGACGACGGCCGGGACUGUCACUAUUACAGAGUGCUGCAAACUGUGGACGAGGGGGAGACGGACGGGAAGGGAGACGACCAGGAGAAGCAGGAAGAAAAGAACGAGCAGGAGGAGAUGUGGCUGCUAGAAGUCCCUCAACCGGAGGACUUCUGGUGCGGAGGGGAACCCUACCCAGGCCCUGUAGUCUCUUUCUGAAUACGGUCUGACCACAGGGGCCACACUGCAGUAUACAACAUCCAUCCAUCCACAUGUGGAGUUUCUAUUUUUUGCAUUGGGAAGUCAAAUAUUUGGGUAUUUAUUACCUGGAACUCAAAGGGAGAGAGUGCCUUGCCCAAGGAUGCUACUGCAGGGCAAAAGGGGAAUCGGGGGUCACAGCUUCGACCUCACAGACACCCAACACAGCGUACAGACCACUGAACCGCCUUCCACAAACCUUAAAUAAUCUAAUCUGAACUGGGGGGGGGGGGGUUGUCGACAAAGGAAUUCACAUUCCCAAAUAUGGUGUUUUAUUUUUUGCCUCGGACCAUUACGUUGCCUCGUGCACACAUGAAUGUCAUCAGCCAAAUGUUAUGUGAAUGAUGGAGUGUCAUUAGGAUCCGUGCUGUGUGAGGUUGUGUGAGGCCUGCUCCGCAUUCUUCUUCUUCUUCACUCCGCUGCAGAGGACUUCCAGAUCGUGACGCGUCUUAAUGCCAAAGCCUGUAACUCGAGUCAUACCUGCCUUAUUUGUGAAUAUUGAAUGUACACUUAUUAAGAGUGCCAUUUUCUAUCCUAUACACUCCUUUCUUCUUCCAAAGUGCACACACUACAUUAAUAUACACUUUAUUUGUUUGUGUGUGUUUGAGUUAUUCCACAUGUUUCAUAUACAGGUCUGGACUUUACUGCUAAAAAAAAAGCUGAUCAGCAGUUUCUGAUGUAUUAUUCCAUUAUUACAGCUCAAUCCAGGGUGUUUAUGGUGUAUGUGAUGCAUCAUUAAAACUCAGUCCAGACAGUAUAUGUUGCUGGGAUACAGCCAACACACUUUCUUCACUUACUUUCUUUCACUAACUUUAAAAAUGUAGCUAUGAUAUAAUCAUUCCACUCUGUAUGUUAGUUAACUGUAGCUUACGGCUUAUUAUCUCCAGCCUGCCUCGGCUCACGCACACACUCGACUCCACACAGCUCUCUGUGUCAGUGUCACAAUGAUUCUGUUACUGAUGUUGAAUGUACAGUAUGUGGACCAAUAAAAAAAACAGAUGGGAA